AUGAUCCCAGCCAUCACUAACACCACUGAAGAACCCUUCUAUUUCAUCCUUACUGGCAUUCCAGGGUUUGAGGAAUUGCAUAUCUGGAUCUCCAUCCCAUUUUUCUGCUUAUACAUGAUUUCUAUGAUGGGCAACACCUCCAUCCUGGCCGUCAUUUGGACAGAAUCCUCACUCCACCAGCCCAUGUACAUGUUUCUUUCUAUGUUGACACUAACUGACCUAGGUCUGACUCUCACUACACUGCCCACAGUCAUGCGUCUCCUCUGGUUCAAUGCUCGUAAGAUCAGCUUGGAAGCCUGCUUUGUCCAAUUUUUCUUCCUCCAUGGCUUUUCUUUCAUGGAGUCUUCAGUACUUCUGGCCAUGGCCUUUGAUCGCUAUGUUGCCAUCUGCCGUCCUCUCCACUAUGCUUCUAUCCUCACAGACACGGUUGUCAGCAGGAUUGGGAUGGCCAUAAUUAUCCGCUGUGUUGUGGCAGUCUUGCCCCCUCUCUUCCUGCUCAAGCGGCUGCCUUUUUGCCAAUCUCACAGACUCACUCACUCCUAUUGUCUCCACCAGGACAUGAUUCGCCUGGUCUGUGGUGACACAACAAUCAACAGCUGGUAUGGCUUUGGACUAGUCAUAGUUAUCUAUGUGCUUGACCCUCUCCUCAUUGUUUUCUCCUAUGUACUGAUCCUUCACAGUGUCUUACAUGCUGCUUCUCGGGCUGAACGCCUUCGAGCCUUCAAUAACUGUCUUUCUCAUAUUCUGGCUGUAUUUGUCCUCUAUGUACCUAUGAUAGGACUGUCAAUGGUCCAUCGCUUUGCUCGGCAUGCCUCCCCAUUGGUUCAUGUGGUGAUGGCCAAUGUCUACCUACUGUCACCUCCUGUGAUGAACCCCAUCAUCUAUACUGUGAAGACCAAGCAGAUCCGUCAGAGUAUACUCCGACUUCUAUCUCGGAGGAAAGUGUAUUAA